AAGAUUCAGAUACCUUUUCUGAUUUAUUUUCCAACUGUCCUCAUCAAAAUGGGUUUCUCAUUAUUAUUUUCAUUUGUUAUUGUCGUUGGAAUAUAUAGUUAUAAUUUUUCUGAGGCUAGAGAGCCUGUAUGUUCUAAAUUUGCAUAUGAAGAACAACUUUUAGAAAAAAUGAUAAGGACUGAAAUUAAGGUAGAAACAAUGGUGAAUGAAAUUAAGAAAACUGAGGAUAAUGUCAUCAGUACAUUAGGUGACAUUAAACAAACAGUUUCAGAUUUUACAGACAUGUUUGCAGACUUGAGAGGAAACAUAACGGACGAGAUGUUAAAGAGAAAUGACGAGAUAGAUAGGAGAGGAGAAUCCUUCAAGAAGUUAUUUGAGGAGACCAGAACCAACCUCAUGAGUGACAUGGAAGCUAAAAGAGAAGAACUUACUCAACUUCAAGGAAAACUUGAACGACUUCCGAUUGCUUUCCAUGCACACCACGUGGCAGAUUUGCUUCUUGAUACUAAAGAUGAGAUAAUUAUAUUUACGAAAAGCCUGAUUAACGAGGGAACAGGCUACGACACUUCUACUGGAAUAUUUACAGCACCCGUUGGAGGAAUAUACCAGUUUGUUGUUCAUACAUGCGCUUAUAUCAAGAAACAUGCUUUUAUUGGUCUGGUGUUGGAAGGUACAGUUAUUGCAGCAGAUUCAAACUAUGAUGGGGAUUAUCACACCUGUAGUACUGUUGGAGCAAUAGUGAGAGUAAGAUCGGGUGAAAAGGUUUGGGUCAAAUCAACAUCGUCAGCUUCUAACCGCCAGCUAUGUCAAAGCUCAAAUAUCAUGAACACAUUCAGUGGAAUACUUGUCAAUAAUUGAAUGAUUAAAUCAUCCAACUUUUUUAUAUGACAUUAUACAAGAUAAUCGUAUAUCUGAUUUUUCUUAACAAAUAUUUAUCUGAGGAAGAAUAUAUUUUGAUAACAAAUCUUGAAAAAUAUAAUAUUUUGCUGUGUUUAUAAGUAAAUAUAUACCACUAUAUUGUCACGUUUUCAAAUAAAUAUAGCAUGUACGCAUU